AACCUAACGUCCUAAUCUAACAUUUUCUUUAUUAUGCAUUCGAGUACAGACUGCAGAUCGUAGUGCACGCGUGUUGUAUAUGCUGAUUUUUUUACCGACGAACCGCGCAAACCAACGAACAAGGUCAAUCGAGUACGCGACACGUGCAUACGACAACCAUGGAUUUUUUAGCGCCCGUGAGUAUCGGAGACAUACACAACAACGGCAACAACACCGUGGAUAAGUUGACGAUUGGCGAUUUACCGCCGAUGACGGACACGAGUUCGUUGUUUAGUUACACGGAGUUGUUGGAUCCUGAAACGAGUUUCCGUUAUAAAAUACCUUUCAACAACGACGCGCAGAGGAAAUACCGAACGUCAAACACCACUCCGUACGACGAUCUCGAGGACAUAAAGUACCAUAAACAGAUCUACGUCCGUGAAAAAUUAAAUCUCGAGCAGGCGGCCGUUUUCGACCACGUCACGGCCAACCCAAACGACAUCGUCGUACUGCAAGGCGGACCGGGAACGGGAAAGACGUUCGCCAUGCUGACGGUGGCCAAUCAUUUCCUGGAAAAGGGGAAACCGCCAAACGCGGUGAUAUUCAAACGGGAUGCCGUGCACGAUUACCGAUUUUCGGCCAACGGGUACACAGUCGCACAGUUUAUGAUGCGCAUACUUCACUUGAACUAUUCUGAUUAUGAAACGCUCGAGCGUCAACUGAGCGAACCCAUGAGCGUCGAACAUUUCCUAAACGCCGUCGUAUACCUGACACGAAAACUGACGUUAUGCCCGAAAGGCGACGAUUUCAGACACCCGUUGCUCAUACUGGACUUGUACACGGUGAAACCGAAACCGUUUUUACUGGUAAUAAUGAUGACGCUGCACAGGUACCGUAUCGGCGCCGUUAUUUGCGGGGACAAGAACCAGUUGCAAAACAUAUACAAUUCAACGCAUGCCGGCCAGUGUUCCGCGUACGACAUCGUUUCGACGUUUUCGACCAAGACUUUUCAUCUGUCGCACAACCUCCUACGUUGUUCCGACCCUAUGUACAACGAUAAGGUGAACUUUAUCGGUACGCUUUCCAACGACAGUGAGCUCGACGAGUGGGGUUACGCCCUCGUGAGCGCGAUGUUCUACGAAAACCUUAUCAAAACAGUAGAGCCGGCCGACACGAUUCUGGCGAGAUACCAUAAGUAUCUGACCGGAACGUUGAUCAAAAUGGUGACGGAUAAAAAAAUACCCAAGUCCAAUUGGUACAUCGAAAAUUCGGGAAAAUUUAUUUUGCCAAGUGUGGUGAGAAACUGCGGAAAAUUUUCGAUGUUUUUACCGUUGAUCGUGGGAAACCCGUAUUUUGUAAACGUGUUCAGCGAACGUAUGCUGUGCACGUUGGAGAAAAUCUACUUUAAAGACGAACAUCAAACCGAAAUCCAAACGGUGACGGUGCGGAUGUCGAAGACCCACGAAUUGAGACAAAUCGAAAGGGGUAUAUGCUCGAGUGUGAUGUUUGAAAAACAUCUGGCGUACCUGUUGAACGGUGGUGACGACAUGCUGUCCUGUGACACUAGUUGUGAUGAUCUGUACAAUUUCCCGCUAUAUCCCGCGUUUAUCAAGACGAUACACAUGAGUAUGGGUCGAACGAUACCCGGCCGCGUUUCGCUCAUAUUGACCGAGUCCACGUACCAGUGUCUGUACGUUGCGAUUUCGCGCGUGACGUCAUCGGAAAGCAUCAACAGCGUAGGGAUACCGAACACAGUGCAACACUUCAUAUCAGUGUUGUUGAACUUUGACGUUACCGACCUGAAGCCCUUGGACAUCGGCCAGAUUAAAGAAAAAAUUUUGAACGGAAACUACGUGUAUUACGACGUGCCGUCGAAUACACACUAUUCGACCAUAUUAGAUUAUCUGAAAAUGGUGGCCGAACAUUCGUUGACGCUCGAAACGAAAAGUGAACGUGUAGCCGCGCGCGAACAUUUGAAACAAUGUGUCGUGAAGUACCGCAUACCGACGCGAGUGUUAAGGCCGGACAUAAACCAAGUCGACGACGAUCAAUCGGCCACGUACAGAACGACGUUACCGUUUUUGUUGAAAAUGAAAAACACGAUAACCAGCCUCGCAACGCUCACUCCACUGGAAAGCCGUGUGUGGAUACACGAGUUUUUGAACGAACCCAGAACACUGGAAUACAUGAACGAGAGUACAAAUUCUGUUUUCUCGGAGCCCAGCGAUUUCCAUAGAAGCUUUGAACUGUUAAACUGCACUUGUGACUUUACGGUGUCCAACACGUACAAACAGGGCGAAACCUCUAUGGAUUUUAUGAAAAAAACGUCGACCCAAAAAUGCAAAGAGGAUUUGGAAACAGAUCCAUACCUGCUCAAAGAAUGGGUGGUCAUGACGGCGGCGGAUGACGACGAGUCACCACUAGUGGCGACGACGACGACGCCGACGACGAACGAUAACACAUUCGAAUGCGUACAAUCGUUUAUAUACAAUUUGGUGCACAGAGAUCGUGGAGAUUCUAAUCAAUUAUACGAAUUGUUAAAAAAACGCAUUAAAAACAACACCAAAAAACGGACAAUUUAAUGAUAAAUAAAAGUAUUUGUUAGGUAAAUGUUAUAUGUCAUUUACUAUAUGAAUACUAUCUUAUAAUUUUUGUAUAGUUAUAAUUAUAAUUUAUAAAUAAUACAUUUAAUUUCAAUUUA